CUGCACCUGGGCAGGUUGGCUUUGGGUGGCCUUGUGUCCUCUAGUUAUGUGUUUUCGGACCUGGAGCUCCAGCAGUGCGGGGUUACAGAGGAGGACCUCUUCACAGGCUUCCUUGUCCUUGUUAAAAGCCUUUCUUCCCGGGGCGGCAAACACUACGAGUUCCUGCACCUCACAGUCCAGUGCUUCUUUGCCGGUCUCUUCAUUGUGCUGGACAACAACCUCAGCCGCUCCACGAUUCCGCAACUCUUCCACCCACAACGCAAGCAGCCGUCGGCGCUGGCCUGCGUGUGUCUCGGGCCCUGCCUGCACUCCGGCGCCCGGCAGGACGCCGGAGCAGAGGGGGAUCUCCGGGAAGCCGAGACACCCAAUUUGCAGAUGACCGCCACCUUCGUAGCCGGGCUGCUCUCCCAGCGCCAUCGGGGCCUGCUCCUGCUGUACGGCCUGGCCCCCACCUCGCUGGACAGGAAGUGCAAGCAGGUGGUGAAAUGCUUGUCCAAGGGGAUGCAGAGGCACUUCAAAUCCAUCCCUCCCCCCGUGGAAGGGGAGAAGAAGAGCAUGCAUGCCAUGCCGGAGUUUGUCUGGCUCAUUAAAUGCAUCUACGAGAUGCAGGAGAGCAGCAUAGCGAAGGAGGCCAUGGCAAAGGUGGAGGUAGAGCACCUGAAGCUGACGUACUGUGGCAUCGGUCCCGUGGAGUGCACCGCCCUGUCCUUCGUCCUGCGUCACUUGAGGUCUCCCGUCGGCCUGCAGCUGGACUACAACUCAGUAGGCGAUGUUGGAAUCGAGCAGCUCCUGCCCUGCCUAGACAAGUGCCAUUCCAUUUACCUCCGGCACAAUAACGUAUCCGAUGAAGGCAUCUCCAAGCUGAUUGAGAGGGGCAUCGAAUGUGAGCAUUUUCAGAAGAUUGCGCUGUUUAAUAACAACCUGACAGAUGAGUGCACAAAGCAUUUUGCAAAACUUCUCCGAACGAAGAAAAAUUUUCUUUCCUUAAGGCUGGGAAACAAUCACAUCACUGCACAAGGGGCAGAGCAGCUGGCAGAGGGGCUGAGGGAGAGUCGCUCUCUGCAGUACCUGGGACUGUGGGGGAACAAAAUCGGAGACCAGGGGACGGAGGCGCUGGCAGAGGCCUUGGAGAAAAGCCCCAGCUUGGUGUGGCUCAGUCUGGUGGACAAUGGAGUGAGCAGUACUGGAGCCCGUGCGCUGACUGCAGUGAUCAAGAAUAGCAGUACUCUGGAGGAGUUAUGGUUAACCAAUAACUCCAUCACCCGAGAGGGGGUGCUGUGCCUGAUAGCGGCGCUGGAGAAGAACACCAGCGUCAAGGCGAUCUGGCUGAGAGGAAAUGACCUGACAGCAGAGGACAUAGAAGAACUCGCCCACAAGGAGAGCCGGCUGACGUUGUGAUGCUCAGAUCACUCAGGAUAUCCUCCUGCAGCCUUCCUCACACUCCUCCUCAUCCUGCUGAAUUGCAGUGCACAUCUUCACCACCCAAGACCACGCAGACACUCUGUAGAAGGGGAGAUCUUAACAUUUCCUUUCCCAGCUCACAAUGACUAUCCGGGCUAUCACUGGGCUAUGUUAAACGUCAGAAUUUUUAAAACAAAAUUACUACUCCUUUAUUUAACCAGACAAGGCAGCUGAGAACAGAUCCUCAUGUCUGAUGACGAGAGACUAUGGCAUCGCUACUCCUUAUCAAGCUGCUUGUUCUUUAUAUUCUGUAGCAGAAUUAUAUUUCUGAGCAGGUGUGUCCGUUUUUCUGAUGAAUAAACUUAGGGUGAAGCGCGGCUGUGCCAGUCAAGGUAAAA